GGAAGGUUGUGGGAAACAAAUUACUCAUGUGAAUUUUUUUACUAGUGUCCAUCUAGGUUCCUCACUGAAAUCAAGAAAGACACGAGAACACUGUGAAUAUCCUUCAUGUGCUUUACAGGAGAGACUGAGACAUCUGCUUCUUCCAUUAUAUUAAAAAUUUGCAAAGAAUUGGCAUGAGUAGCUAAUACAUACACGCAAAAUGUAAGACUGAUGAUAAACUCUAAGCAAGGAUCAGCCUGGGUAGAGAAGGUUUCAGAAAUACUAUCUGCAAAGUUUGAGCUAUCGCAGUUUCAACAACAAUCAGAAGAAAAUGCAAACACUUGUCUCCAUAGUCCAGAAUGCCUGGGAAAUUUUUAUAUCCAACAGGAAGCCUGGCUGGAAGCAUCUGAUACAGCUUUUUGCAGUUUGCUCUGCAGUUGGCUUCCUCUCAAGCUUCCUCUUAUUCCUUGGCAUGCACUUCUCCCUGGCACACCACCCUUUGGCUCCAUUACUGAUUUCUGGAUUCAUUUGGAUCUUGCUUUCUAUUGCACUCUCGUGUUUCAGGCACCUGCGCUGUUUUAGUGUCCUGUUCCUUCUUUCUUGUGGACUGAAAAAUGGCAGGAAUGCUCUUAUUACUGCUGGUACAGGGGUUGUGGUGGCUGGCAACAUCCAAAAUAUUUUUCACAACCUAAAGGUUCUGGCAGACAGUAUAACCUGUCAUUUAGAGUAUGAACAAUUUGCCUUGAUAAAAUAUUAUGUUGAAGCAAUAAAAUGGAUUUAUGAGGCAGCCAAGCUUUCCCCUGAACUAUCUGAAUAUAUAGUGUUCCUAAAACAUGAAUUCACACCUUCUUAUUCAAUUUCAGAUGAUGCAUUAAAACAAGAGCUAAAUGACACAAAGCAAGAAAUCCAGAGAGUUGCUAACCAGAUAGCUUUUAUGCUGACUAUACUGCCUUACAUAGGCCAGAAAGUAUUGCCUAUAGUGGGGAUAUUUCUAGCCUCAUUUGGAACAGGCCUCUUUAUCAAAAAAUUUGUGGGCUCUCAGAGUGUCAAAUUUAAGAAUACUUACAUCACAAAAAAGUUCAUUGCAUUUGAUGAGCACCAAAAGCAACAGCAAAGACCCAGUCUUCUUCCACUUAACAGAAAAGAAAGAAAAGAUUAUGUGAUGAUCCCAUCUUUCUGCCUCACAAUGAAGGACAGAAAAAAUAUGCAGCAUUUUUUUCUCCCUGUAAUUAUUCAUCUUUGCAUCUGGCUUCUAUUUGCUGCAGUAGAUUAUUUGUUUUAUUGGUUAAUUACUUCUGUGACUAAACAUCUCCAAGAAGUACCGGAUCUAGAGAUUCAACUCAGCCUCUUUCAACAAAGAAAUGAGAAGACCUUUAUCAUUGGCAUGAGAGAGCAUAUUGCAAAGACUGAUCCUUUCAAGAUCUCUUUGUUUAAGCAUGACUGCAUCCCUCAGCCCAAGCUCUCUCUCUCCACAACCUGGAUCCAGCUUGGAGUCAUCAUCUUCUUCUUAAUCAUUUUUGGGUUAUUCUCUGGCCUUCUGACCCAACUUAAAAUUCUUGUGUCAACUUCAUUUUAUCCUGACACUGAGAGGAAACGGAUACAUUAUUUGCAUGAAAAAUUGCUCAAGAAAAGAGCAAAGCUACGAGAGAAAACUAGAACGAACAUGUUUGUUAGAACGGGCAGCUUCUGGUUUCCAAUACUCAAGGCAAGAGCGGUAGUAAGGAAGAAAGAAAGAAGUGUGGCAAAUGAUGACAUGGUAUGAAAGAGACCAAGUGAAUCUUUGGAUACGGCUGAGAUGUGCUAGAUCCACAGGGGCCUGUUUUUGGCACCCAUCUUUCCUAUGGAAUUUCGAUUUUAAAAUGUAAAAAAUACGAUCAAAGGCUAAACAUCAGUGGAAAAGAAGCCAUGGGAAAUAGUGUGCUCUCCACCACAGAGGACUCCGGAUUGCAUUAAUACUAGUUUUUCAACUUCAGGUCUACAUGAUCUGGUAGUUUAGAAAUCCAUGGAAGGUCUCUUCUCCUGUGUAAAAGCAGUUAGCGUGGAGCUUUCAGGACAGCACAAACCUCUUUGGACUGAGCUAACAGAGGACAUAAUGUCAGCGGCAGGUUUUUGUUUUCUUCACAUUUUUCAGACAUUGAAGAUAUCAUUCAGAAGAUACAGCAGAGGCUGUUCGUUGGCUUCGGGGCUGGCCGAGAACCUAACUAGAGGGCUCAGUUGUUUCUAGGCAUUUCUAUCUAUUUCUCAACCAUCAAGUGCCCCAAAUCCUUCAGCCUGGUUCUUUUCCAUCCUGAGGUUCACAUACUUGCACCUGCUUCUGCAGAGUCAGUGCUCUGUAUGCCCUACCAAUCUUAUAGCGCACCCGAACUCUCACUCCCACCUUGGGUCCCCUGCUUUUUUUUGCUGAUUUGUCCUCGCCUGGACUUAGUCUCCCACUUUCACAUAUCCAUAGACUGUAUUGCUAGUGCAAAUUUUCUCCUGUCUUUGAUAGAAUGUGUGAUUUCCCCUUGGUGAACACAUGUUGACCACUCACAAUAACUUUCUUUUCUUCCAGACACUUGGAGAUCAAAUGUAGCGUAAGCUGUUCUAUCACCUUUCAGAGAUGGAGGUGAAGCUGACUGGUCUGUAGUUUCCCGAGUCCUCCUUCUUACCCUUUUUGAAGAUUGGAGUGCUAUUAGCUUUUCUCCAGCCCUCUCUUGUUCACCACGAUCUUUCAAAGAUGAUGGAGAGUAGUUUAACAGUAACAUCUCCCAGCUCCCUCAGCACUCAUGGUUGCAUCCCAUCAAGGCCCAUGGAAUUGUGAAUGUCCAGUUUGCCUAAAUUAUGUCUAACCUGGUCCUCCUCAAUCAAGAGACAAGUCUUCUUUCCUCCAGACUUUCUUUCUUUCCUCUAGGGUCUGGGAUUCCUGAAAGCCAUCCAUAGCAGUAAAGACUGAAGCAAAGAAGGCAUUCAGCAAAUCCACUUUCUCUGCAUCGUCUGCCAUGAGGACAUCCACCUCAUUCAGCACCAGGCCUACAUUUUCGCUAGUGUUCCUUUUGCCAUUGACGUACUUUUUUGACAUUCUUUGCAAUAUUUGGGUGACAUGGUUAGAGAACACUUGGACACACUGGACAGACUUAAGUCCAUAGUACAUGAUGGAAGGCACCCAUGGCUGCAGAGGGUGAUGGCUGGCAUCACUGUGAGGUGACUCUUGAUUAUUCUUGAAAGAUCAUGGUGAUUAAGAGAGGUUCCUAAGGACUAGAAGAAAGCAAAUGUCACUCCUAUCUUCAAGAAGGGUAAUAAGGAGGAUCUGUGAAACAGGUUUGUCAGCUUCACUUCAGUCUGUGGGAAGGUGAUGGAACAAUUUCCCCUGCAAGCCAUUUCCAAGUAUAAAGGCUGGGAACCUGUCUGGGGUACCACCUAAACUUAAAAAAAAGCUUUUUUACUGUGAGAGUGAUCAAACACUGGAACAGGAUAACCAGAGAUGUUAUGGAGUCUCCAUCCCUGGAAAUAACUCAAAAUCCAACUAGACUGAGCAACGUAGAGCAACAGAGGAGUAGUAGAUAUUUCUAGAGAUGCCUGCCAGCCUCAGCCACUCUGUGAUUUAGUUACUCAUACCAAAUGAAUUGCAGAAAAGAUGUUAGACAUGCACAGCAAAAGCUUGUGUUAAUUUGUAAACGUGCCGUGCCAGCAGCAGAGUGCCACCUCACAAAUGUGGUUUCCAUUAGACUGACGCUGGAGUCACACGCAUAAUGCACCAUUUGCUUCUGUGACCAUACACACGCAGACCUGUGUGCUGGCAAAGAGGCAGCUGGCAGGCAAAGGAGCUAAGUUUGCUCUUCCCUAGCUCCCUAAAUGGUGUUCGGCACACUUUUUCAAAAUUCUAAAACAAAUUCACCUUUAGUGCCUCAAAGACAUUGAGUUUUAUCUCAGUGAUAGAACAGUUUUAAUCCCAUCUACUGUAAUAGGUCUAUUUCUUCGGCUCUCCCAUCGUUGAGAAGAGAGUAGAAGAAAUAUCCACUAACUGUCCUCUUUAGUUGUAUACAUGAAAAGGCAGGUCUGUCUCUUCCCUGGCAUUACACAGAGGUAGACCUCUCAUUCUCUACAGACCUUACUUAACUUGUUUUCUUCCAUGUUUUUCUGUCAUCUGAUCUGGGAAAAUAUGGGGGGUUGUCUAUCUUCAGCUUUCUUUUCUGCUAGUUGUUCAGCUAUUCCUUUUGGCCUUGUGAUUACAUUGUUUUUUCUUUUCUUUUUUUCUAUCUUCUUUUCACAUUUCCUACAUUUUAUUUCGUCUCUUUUACCCAGUCUUUGUCAUUCAGUUUUCUUUCCUCUUUUGGUGUUUUAUUCUGCUCAAGCAGAUCAUUAUUCCUCAUACAUAAAACCACACAUUUUUUCUUUCUGCUGACAGUGAAUUGCAAGUACAGUUGAAACUAAGGGUUUCAUUUAUUCAUUUAUUUGCUUAAUGGAAAUUUUUAAUACCUUUCAUGUUACUGGACACUGUCUCUAACUGCCCUUCUGGAACUUGUUAGAGAUGUAUUCAUAUACCACCAGCACUCAGAACAUGAAUCUGAGGAGAAGUCUGGAUUUGGCUUUUGACUCACUCAUCCCUUUCCUCCUCCGGCUCACAGCAGAGCUCAACUUCCCUUUUAAAUGUCCUUCACUAGUGUCAAAGAUGUUUGAUUUACUGUGAAAAAUCCCCCAAUUGAAUCAAAUCUGGUUUGCAAAAUUAAUGAAAGGCUGACCUCAUUGUCUUGUGAAGAUAAUUCAGAUAGACGUGCUGGUGUUCCUGACCCUCCUGAAGCACAACGCAAACGAGGACAUUUCCUUUCAACAACUGUGUUUACAGAACUCUCCUCACCUCCACUCCAUACCCCUGACCUUGGCUUGCUUCAUAGCUAAGAUAAAAGCUUUUUUUUUAAUCUGUGCUAGAUUUGUUGCAGCAUUUUGUCUGGGCGGUUGGGUGUGCCAAUUCAGAGGACAUAGGGUUUACAGCUGCUUACACCCUGACCCCUGCUCUGUCAAUAUUGUCACACUGACUCACUGUGUUUUCAUCACAGUUUAAAUAGCUCAGAGAUAUUUGCAAUUAAAGAAGAAAUGAACACGCAAAGCCUUUCCUCUGAUUCUCUUUUACAUAGCAAAACUAGAAAGUAAGGAUCAAAAGAUCACUUUUUGCUGAUGAAUAAAUAAAGCCUGAAAAGGGGGAUGUUAUUGUCGAGUUUAUGGGCACAGACUUCAAAAUACGUGAGCACUCUUAACAGAUGCUGUGUGUGAGAGUAACUUCUUUCAUCUCGUUCCUGAUACACAAUAACAGCCCUGCCCUCCAGUGGCCCAGUAAAGCUACAUGCCCCAGUAUUGCUUCUCUGCGGAGAUCCCCAGGUCCUUCAGGCUGAAGAGAGAAGACCAGCAGGUGUAGGUGCUCGCACUACAGCCAUGAGGUCUUCACAGGCAGUGAAAUGAAAUCCAAGACACAACCGGACAAUAAACACACACUGGCCAUAUGAGGGCUUCUCUGGCGAAUGGUGGGGAUGAAUGCAAUGUUAGGUAUGUCAGGAUCUGAUCUCACAAAUUCCUUCUCUGCUCCUGCAGCUUGAAUGCACGUCACAAGGGAGAACAGGAUACUAAACAUCGCAAAUUUCUGUGUAGGGAGAGCAAUGAAAAUGCAGUUUACAGACUUUUCUCCUUACUCUAACAAUGUAUUUGAGUCUUCACCUUUCCAUACAAGAGCAGAGGGGAAACCAGCAGAAUUCUAAUAAGUACUGAACAAGAAAAGGCUCUUCUGUGUUUCAGCCUUGGCAAAAGAGAUACUUGGCUCCUCUAUACUGUAAUGCAUUGCUUCAGAGAAAAAGGGGUUCAAUGUAAUGUUAUCUCUCAAAGCAGUCAGAGACAGUAAUCUCUCACAAAGUGACCAACAGAGAGAAGGCUCAAAGAAAACAUUUUUCUCGAAAGCCUGAGGAGUGGGACUAAAUGAGGGAGGAUUCAAACAUCUGGGAAAGCAAUUGUUGUUGUACUUGUCUGUGAAAUGAUCAAGAAAAGUGUGCUGCAAAAGUCAUCUCUAAACCAGAUUUCCAGUCUAGUUUGGUAGUUGUUUUAGGACAACAGUUACAGCACUGCACUACUAACAACUUUAUGAGAACGUAAUGAGCAAGAGAUAGCAGGUAUGAGAUUGCAGGACAAAUUUGGAGGUCUUAUCAGGGUCUGAAGAUUGAGGCAGGACUAAGAGACCACUCAGUGCUCCAUUUCAGGACCUGUGCUGACAUAAAUGCAUUUUAUAAUCCCAUUUCAUCCCAAAUUAACUAUAUGCCUAUCAGGAAAAAAACAUGAUACUGUGUUUGGCUCUGCUAUCACUCAUUACAGGUGUUUCAAAAUAUGAACCUGGGCAGUUACAGAAUUAUAUCCCUAUGAAGACACUACUAUUAUAGAGUGCCCCACAUAAACUAAAACUAACAAGAACCUCAAGGAUUUGGAGCCCGACAGUCUCAACUUUAGUUGUAGCACCUGAAUAGCUCAGCUGAAAUACUUUUGAUGUCACACACUUUCUCAAGGACUGUUACCUGAAACUCUGUGGCUAGAGCAGGAUUCAGGUAGUAGGGCACACAUGUGUCAUGACAAAACAAAUACUCAUAAAUUUCACACAUCUGGCAGACCUGACAGCUUGUUGCACUCAAGCACAUAAAAAUACAGCAGAUGCUUUGGUGUAAAUCUCAUUUCACAGUAUACAGGUAUUUUUUUCCAUGACAUCUGCACAAAAAUGAAAACAGCAUUGAAAUUAAAAAGUAGGCCAUUUGUUAAGAAUAAAAUCCAAAGGAUACCCUCCUACAAGAAGCAUAAUCUAUUGAACAGAGCAGUAAAUACCAACAUAGGGAUCAGGAACCCUGUGCUAACUGUAUAAGGAGAAGCUUCUUCAUUUCUACUCUAACAAAAAUCUGUAGAAAACCUAAAAAGUUUACACAUUUUUCCACAGGUGAUAUUCUUUCAUGGGUUGGAGAAAUUAGUUCACAAAAUGGGUGUUUAUAGAACUCGUAAAACUACUUGCUGUUGUCAUAUUGUGAAAACAUCUGAUUUUAUUAUAGAAAUGUUACUAUCUUCCUUCCUUUGGGCCCUCACUGUCUGCAGUGCUUUGUAUCACUUUGAUUUCAAUGGGUGUCCCAAGAGCCCUAAGGACAUUUGAAAGUCCUGGGCAUGUCCAUAGUAUCCUCAGGACUGGCAGCCUUUAAUCCUGGGUUUCACUUCUGUCUCAACUGAGUCAUUUUGGCCUUGAGCAAUUCACUUAAGACAAUGCUGGAUGUUAAACAUCCGGGUACAUACAUCCAAUCACUGGAGUGAUUUCAGAGCUUUGAGCAUCCAUAGUUCUCACAACUGGAAAGUUAUUCUAAUUAUAUUCACUUGUCUCACAGGUAUAUCAUGAAAUUGCAAGGCUCUAAAGUUAAAACACGAAGCCUGAAAUGACAAACGCCACACAAAUAUAAGUUGUUAGAAGCAGAAACUUAUCCUUUCUUCCCCUUGUUUUAUCCCCUACUCUUCUCAAAUUUCUGCUGCAAAUUUCCAGCGUAGCAAAAGUUUAGAUGAAAAAGAAUAGAACCAUGCUUUACAAAAACUCUUGAUGAGACAAAACGUAUAUAUAUAUAUGAAAGUUAUACCAGAAAGUUCUAGAUCUGAGAGGAAAAAAUGGGAGAGGUGAAAGGUGACUGCAAAGUAGACAUCUGCAUCACAGUCAGACAUAUUCUUUUUUGUAGUCAAUGGAGACAAAUUGGCAUUACAAGAAAGAUACUUAUCCCAAAGAACAACUCUGGACAAGUUCCUCUGGCCUGUUUGAGAUCUUGAUGCAGAGACGAACCGUGUUCCAGAAGCCUCUUUCCCUGUCAGUGACAGAGGGACACUAGACAACAAACUCAGGUGCAGAUCAUUGCAGUGAAGAAGUUUACUCUGAACAGUGAACUGUUAUCCAUUGCAAUAGCGCUGGAUGCCUGUUUCUGCUGUGCUGCCACUCCUAAGAAAACCUGAGAAAUGGGAACACGUGCUAGCUCUUCCUGACCAUCCCCGUGAUUAUCCUCCAUCAUCUUACAAAGAAAAUUCUCCUUUGUGAUUUAGAGACAAGAACUACCAACCUAGCAGGAGUUUGUUUCUCAUACAAGAUCAUACUAUAUGCAUAUGAAUACAGCAGGAAAUACAAGUCUGUCUUCCACUGGCAAAUUAAAAAUAACAGUAAAUUACCAUAUGAUUUUGAUGUCUGUCUUAAAAUACAAGUGCCUUUCUGUGCCUGUUUGGUGCAUAAAUUGCAUAGACAUACUGUUUCUGCACAUAGGGCAAUAAACUCCCUGUACAGGUGUUUUUGUGUUGGCCUCAUUUCUCUCUUAAAUAUUUCCCAGUGACAGUUGCUUAGAAAGAAGGGCUACACGUGUGAAAAUGUAAAACUGCAUUCUUGGUUUCUGAGGCAAAACAUGUCUAGACAUGGCAACACAGUCAUGCUUCUAAGAACACAGCUGCCUCUCAAAUGAGAAAUCAGAUAAACUGAGCAAAUUAGAUUUUUUAAAAAAGAAUUAGGUAUCCUAUCCUACAAAAUCCGAAGUACUAGUUAUAUCAGUAAAAACUCAUAUUUUUCAGUAAAAAAAGAAUUAUUUUUAAAUUAAUGCAUUACGGUCUUGCUCUGGUGAUCCCUCUUCAUAAGCUUUCAAGUUCUGGGUAGGGACCUCUCCAUAAAGUGAGAGCAAAAAACAGUAUCGUAGUUGAGUUCACCAGUAUGGUUAGCACAGGCUUGCCUAGGGUGUAGCACAGGAAACACUUGAACACACCAAUAAACGCUUGGCUGUGCAGCUAGCAGAAAAAAAACCACACAAACUCCUUUAAAGACACAGACAAGAAAAUGUAUCAGUAGCUCUAAAAUAGUGAUAGUUCUCCUGAAUCAGCAUUUUCUAUAUCUGAUCCCUUCCAGGAAGGGAAAAUCAAAUAAUCAAAUUCAGUAUCUGCUAUCAAAAUUGUCUGCAUUGCUAAACGCAACAGAGAACUUCCUAACACAUGAAAUUAGAGAAUUAGGAUUCAUUUCCUGUAACCUUACAGAGCA